AUGGCCUCUACAGAAAUUACCAUCCAAGCUGCACAAGAUAAAGUCGAAAAUCUUGCGGAAAGAGACGCCGAUAGUACCGAAUCUGAAAUCAGAUACUUGGCUUAUGGCGCUAGGUUGCGGACGGCGCUGAGAGCUGGCACUCGUUACAUAGCCUACACCAGUGACGUCGGCGAAGCGUUUAGACCUGUCGUUCCUCCAUGGAUUGUCACGGCAGCAUACGGAGUUUCGUGGCUAUAUCUCAGCGGAGAUGUUGCGUACGAGGCUUAUAAAGCUCACCACCGUGGGCCAUCUCCCAUGGAAGCGGCUAAUUUUUCGGAGCCGACGCGGCUUGGUAUUGUUGCGGUCCAACGUGCAACCUUUCAAUCGAUUGCAUCUAUGGCCUUGCCUGCAUUUACUAUACACACAGCCGUUGCUCAAGCUCGCAAAGCAUUUGCAAACGCAAAAACCCCCCGGAUUAAGACCUGGGGUCCGACAAUGACCGGACUUGCGAUCGUACCAAUCCUCCCUUACUUGUUUGACCACCCCGUGGAGCAUGCCACAAACCAUGCUUUUGAUUGGAUACGGGAGAAGCUCGUCGAACGUAACCAAGCCAAGCGGAAUACCCCGAAGUGAUCAUUAGGAAUUGCCGAUAAGAAUCAAGGAAUGUAUACCAGAUUGAUGAUUCUCCCGCUUAGAUCUUUACAUUGUAUGAAGUCAUUCAUCUGGUGUGAAAAUUAUGACCAUCCCGGCCUAACU